AUGUCAGCAGCACCUUCUAUUGCCAUGACCAACAACAAGGUUCAAAGCCAAAGCCUAUUAUCUUCUUCUUCUCCUUCCUCUGCGAGGAUAGAAGAAGAGACCGUGAUGCAGAAGCAGGGCAUCAUCACCAUUUUGGUCUCAAACACAAGCACAAACACGGUUUCUUCUGCUUCUUCUCUGCGAAGAGCUCUCUCGGCAGACAUGUCCUCAAAGAACUGGCUCUCUCAAACCAUUGCUCCUUCCGAAGAACUCGUGCAUGCCAAAACCAUUGGUGACUCUGAAGAUGAUGAGAGCAGCAACAAGGAGCUUGAUGAUGAAGCUGAAAGAGAGAGGCUUGAGAUUUGGAGUUCCAUCCAACGGAACAAGAAGGAGGAGCAAGAGAAAUCAGGGCCGUUCGAUACGUGGAGCUCAAUCAUAUCCCUGAAAGGAAAAGAUGAAAUCUCGAAAUCUCUUCCUGUUUCACCUUAUGUUCACCCUCUUGUGAAAAGGUCCAAGAGUUGUUUGAGUGAGAAGAGCCUCGAAAUCUGCACUGAGAGUCUCGGAUCCGAGACUGGCUCUGAUGGGUUGUUGUUCUCUUCUUACUCUUCUUCUGAGACAGGGGAUACAGAGGAAGAAGAGAAAGUUGUAGAACCAACACACCAAGAAGAAGAAAAAGAAGAAGAGUUGAACAAUUAUGCUUCGGUGGUGUCUACAAAGAAGGUUUCAUCAUCAACACGUGCUUUCCCUCCACCACUCCCUUCACUCUCUCAUCAACAAGCUGGUCCUUCACUUCACAUGCGUUCACACCGUGACAAUGGAAGGUUGGUUCUAGAAGCUGUUUCUUUCCCUUCUCAUAACAAUUUCAGCAUUCAGCGCCAAGGUGGUCGCCUUGUCCUCUCUUUUUCCAAUCACCAAGAGGAGGUGGAGGAGGAAGAAGAAGAAGAAGAAGAGUAUGAUGAUUUUGUGGAACAAGAAUACUUGGGAGGGUUGAAGUUUGAGGAAGAUGAAGAAGACGAGGAAGAAGAAUACUCUUUUGGUACGAAACAACAAGUAUCUUCCACUGGAGUCAAUUCUGGCUUCAUGGAAUAUGAGAGUGUGAUGGAGCAAGGACCCUUGUUGUCCAGUGGGGUGACAAGUAGUGGUCAUGGGUUGGCCUUGAUGAUGAAUAAUAAGAAUAAGCCAAUUGGGGUAGUGAAUAGGAAUCCAAAGUGGUCGAAGAAGUUCGAUGAGAUGACCAAUUUUAAUGAUGUUAAUGUGGCACAGUCACUGCCUCCAAGGCCAAGAGUGGCAAGGUUGAUUCCAUCAACACCAGUUGUGGCUGCAGCUGCAGCUUCUUUCAAUUUCAACGCUUAUGAGUACUAUUGGAGGACAAACUCUGCCACAUCAAAAGGUACCAGUGUUAACCUUAACCCACUAGAGCAAAACAAAAAACAUCAUCACAAUGACCAAGAGAACAUGAAGAGCAAGGUUGUUGUCUCAGGGGACACGAACAAGGUGGUCUCAGGGGAGCAACAACAGUUGCUGGUUCUAAGAGGGAAGAAUGGUGAUUACUUGGUUCACAAUUUGAAGAGUUGCAAGGAUUCUAGAAGGUCGUUUCUGUUCUGGGAGCCCUAUUGCAUUGCCACCUCCUGA